AUGUCCGCCCCCGUCGAGGAGAUCAAGCCCGUCGUUGUCGUCGCCGAGGCUGCUGCCGAGGCUCCGGCCGCCGUUGAGGUUGCCGAGACUCAGCCCGAGGUCCCUGCUCCUGCCGCCGUUGAGGCUGCUGUUGAGGCCCCCGCUGCCCCUGCCGUUGAGGAGGCUGCCGCCGUCCCUGCUGCCGAGGCACCCGUUGCCGAGGCCACCGAGGAGGCCACGCCCGCUGCGGAGGCCGCCGCCGCCGCUGCCACCGAGGAGACCCCUGUCGCCGAGGAGAAGGUCGAGAAGAAGAAGGUCAAGGCUGACAAGCCCUCGUUCUUCUCCAAGCUCCUCCACAACUUCAAGGAGAAGAAGGAGAAGAAGCCCGCCCCGGCUACCAAGGCUGCUGAGGCCGCUCCCGAGGAGGCUGCCGCUGAGGCCCCCAAGGUUGAGGAAGCUGCCGCCCCCGUUGUUGAGGAGCCCAAGGCCGAGGAGGCUGCUCCUGCUGCCGCUGAGCCCGUUGCUGCCGUCCCUGCUGAGGAGGCCGCUGCUCCGGCCGCCGAGCCAGUGGCUACUCCUGAGGCCGCUGCUGAGCCUUCCUCUCCCAUCGAGAAGGACGACACCGCCGCCAAGGCCCUCAAGGCCGGCCGCCGUCUCUCGGCUCGUUUCACCGGCUUCUUCAAGCCCAAGGAGCACCACCACAAGAAGGAGAGCUCUCCUCCUAAGGAGGAUGCGCCCAAGGACGAGGCUGCCCCUGCUGCCGUCACCGAGGACGCCCCCAAGAUUGAGGAGCCUACCCCUGCCGAGCCCAUCCAGAUUGAGGAGGCCCCCAAGGCCGUCGCACCACCUGCUGCGCCGGUUGUCGCUGCUGCGGCUUAG